UCUGAAGUUUCUGGAGUCAUGGCUGAAGCUGACAUCAAACCAAAAUCUAUGCAUCGUGCCAAAAACUGGUCAGAUGAGGUAGAGAACUUAUACAGAUUUCAGCAAGCUGGAUAUAGAGAUGAGAUUGAAUACAAACAAGUAAAACAAGUUGAUAUGGUCGAGUACUGGCCAGAAACUGGAUUUGUUAAGAAACUUCAGAGAAGGAACAAUACAUUCUAUUAUUACAAUAAGCAAAGAGAAUGCGAAGACAAAGAAGUCCAUAAAGUGAAAGUUUAUGUGUAUUAG